AUGCGGCACGUCGCUGGUUAUCUUCUUGCCGUACUCGGCGGAAACGAGCACCCUUCCGUCGCCGACAUUGAGCACAUCCUCGGUGCCGUCGGAAUCGACUCUGAUGCGGAUAAGGCCAAGCUCGUUGUUUCCAGCCUGAAGGGCAAGUCUAUUGAGGAAGUCAUCGCGGAAGGAUCGAAGCACCUCGUCAGCGUCGCCGGUGGAGGAGGAGCUGCCGCGCCCGCUGCUGCUGCACCAGCUGCCGCCGCCGCCGCCCCAGCAGAGGACAAGAAGAAGAAGGAAGAGCCAAAGGAGGAAUCUGACGACGAUAUGGGAUUCGGACUUUUCGAC